AUGUUCGACGUGUCAAAUCGACGUUUAUUUUAUUUAUUAAUUAACUUUAUUGUUAUAAUAAUUCAAACAGCAAUAGCUGAAAAUUUCGAAUGUGAAAAAGAUGGAUUUUUUCCUGAUAAACGUGAUUGUUGGAUUUAUCAUAUAUGUGUUGGUGCAACACAUUCAGUCAAAGCUUGUAAAGAAGAUCUGCUGUUCAAUCCGAUUAAAAACGAAUGCGAUUGGGCUAUGAAUGUUCAUUGUAAUCAUACGUCUUAUGAAGAUGCACCGCUCGCUACAAAACCAACACACGCCCUUUAUCCACCUGAUUAUACUGCUCCUACACGAGAGACUUCAACGCACGGUUCGAUUUUUGAUUAUUUAUGUCAAUCAAUUGAUAAUGACUAUAUAGCGCAUCCAACUGAUUGUAAACAAUAUGCUUAUUGUGCAAAUGGCAUACCACAAUCUAAACUAUGUAAAAAAGGUCUAUAUUGGUCGCAAUCAGAAAAAAUGUGCGUUUGGCCUGCACAAUCAGACUGUCCGGUGAAGAGUCAUACUUCAACACCGAGUGUAUCAGCAUCGGCUGCUCGUAAUGUUCCUUGGCUACCUCGAGAGACAACCUAUCCUUCAUCCUACAUGCUGACCGAUGAACCAUCGUACCACAAUACACCACUGGAUACUUCAAAACAGUCAACAAUUUGUCCUCCAAGUAAAUCGUGGCGUAUACCUGAUCCGUACGACUGUUCACUUUAUCAUGAUUGCUAUCAUGGUACUGAUCUUGUUUCGAAUUGUCCAGCACAACUUCAAUAUAAUGCUGAAAAACAAAGCUGUGAUUACGCACAAAAUGUUCAAUGUAAAAAUAAGUGUUCAUUCGAUAACGAAGGUGCUCGUUUUGUUGAUUCAGUAAGUUGCUGCCAUUAUUAUGAGUGUACAGGAGGUAAACUGAAUCUUCAAUCAUGUCCACAUCCAAAUUUAUUUGAUAUACAAACUCGUAAAUGUGUACCAUAUAAAAAAGUAAAAUGUGAUGGACGAAGGCAAUGCUUAAGUAAAUGUCAUUAUUUGUCGAAUUAUGAUCUUGGAAAAAAUCUAUGCGGUGUUGUUCCAUCGUGUGCGGGUCAUGGUGAUGGAUUUUAUCUUGAUCGGACGAAACCAAAUUGCCAAUCGUAUAUACAAUGUUUAGAUAAUCGAAUAGCUAAUCAAAGUCGUUGUCCGAAUGGUAAACGUUUCAAUAGAAAUAUGGGCCGAUGUACAGCAGCUGAUCAAGUACCUUGUCAGGGAUCAUCAUCGAUUCAAAUAUCAUUGAUCACAUUUAUUCUUCUAAUCGCCUCAGCAUUGAUCCUGUGA